ACGACUAAUGCUUUAACUUCCUUUACAAUAUCCGUUAUUUCAACCUCACAGCCUGGACAUUUCCGUAAUUAAACUCUUGUUUUGUAUAACCAACUCGCUAAAUAUCUAUGCUUCGCCAUUAAAUUCAACUACUUGCAAGCUCAGGUAUCCCGAUUACACCUUGGAAAGUACUAGUAUCUGUAAACUUUCUAUAUAUAGAUUCCCAGCUUUCCUAUUCUUCGUUUCUUUUCAUUCUUUCAAUUCAAAUCCACCUCCAAAAUUCUUUUCUUUCAAAGUUUUUUAGAUUAACAUUUCUUCAACUCAUUAAUUUUAUAAUUGGGGGUUUAGGGUUCCAGAUUUCAAUGGCAGUUCCGACGACCGCGCUAUACGCAAAUCCACCAAAUACGACGACGUUUCCGUGUUCAAUUUCAUCGAAUUCCUCGUAUGAUUUCGAUUCAAUCGGCCGAUCGUCGUCUCCGAUGAUCGGCGGCCUCUCGUAUCUGUUUUCUUCGCCCUCAGGGAGAAACGCUGCCUCUACAUGCGUAACUGAUGAUUUACGACACGAGAAGAUCGAUGACUUGACUAGCUCGUAUUGUUACUCGCCUUAUUUGAAUUCCUUUGCGAAGCGAGAUUGUAGUCCUGUCUCGGUUUUUCAGGGACCGGUUUCGUGUAGUUCGAGUCCGUUGAAGUUUGGGAAGGAGAGUGGGGAGUUUAGUGGUUGCGGUAAGGUUAGGAGGAGUAAUGGAUUGUUUAUUGGUCGUGCUGUUAGUGUCGAUUAUCGACAUUUAGGUGAACUCGAUGAAUUGACUUUUAAUAUGGAGGAGGAUAAUUGUGCUGCCAAGGAUUUGUUGGUGAAUGCGCAGUCGAGGCAUAGUAUGUUUUAUGAUGAUCUUGUAGUAAAGGCUUUUCACGAGGCCGAGAAAGCUCAUAGAGGACAGAUCCGAGCAAGUGGGGAUCCUUAUUUGCAACAUUGUGUGGAGACUGCAAUCUUGCUGGCGGUAAUAGGUGCCAAUUCUACCGUAGUUGCGGCUGGUCUUCUCCAUGACACACUUGAUGAUUCUUUUAUGACCUUCGAUUAUAUUUACGGGACGUUUGGAGCUGAGGUUGCUGAUCUAGUAGAAGGGGUUUCUAAGUUAAGUCAAUUGAGCAAGCUUGCCCGAGAAAGCAACACAGCAAGUAAGACUGUUGAGGCUGAUCGUCUGCACACGAUGUUCCUUGCUAUGGCUGAUGCUAGGGCUGUCCUCAUAAAAUUGGCAGAUAGAUUGCAUAAUAUGAUGACCCUAGAUGUUUUACCCUUGAAGAAGCAAAAGAGGUUUGCCAAGGAAACUUUGGAGAUAUUUGCUCCACUUGCCAACCGUUUGGGAAUCUAUAGUUGGAAAGAGCAGCUAGAAAAUCUCUGUUUUAAACAUCUUAAUCCUGAACAGCACAAAGAGUUGUCCUCAAAACUUGUGAAAUCCUUUGAUGAGACAAAGAUCACUUUAUCCCUUGAAAGACUGGAGACUGCUCUCAAGAAUGGAGCCAUUCCGUAUCAUGUUCUAUCAGGGCGGCACAAAAGCUUGUACAGCAUCCAUCGCAAGAUGAUAAAAAAGAGGUUGAGCAUGGAUGAAGUUCAUGACAUUCAUGGGCUGCGAUUGAUUGUUGAAAAUGAGGAUGACUGCUAUCUGGCGCUGGGAAUUGUUCAUCAAUUAUGGUCUCAAGUACCUGGAAAGUUUAAAGACUAUAUAAUCUAUCCGAAGUGUAAUGGAUAUCAGUCUUUGCACACAGUAGUAGUAGGGGAAGACAUUGUCCCUUUGGAAGUUCAGAUUAGAACGAAAAAGAUGCACCUACAGGCGGAAUUUGGAAUUGCAGCUCAUUGGAGAUACAAGGAAGGUGAUUGCAGAUACUCUUCAUUUGUACAUCAAAUGGUUGAGUGGGCUCGCUGGGUUGUUACUUGGCAAUGUGAAACCAUGGUGAAAGACCAAUCAACCAUGGGUUAUCGUCAAUCAGUAAAGCCACCCUGCACUUUCCCUUCACAUUCCAAGGAUUGUCCACAUAGCUUAAAGCCUUAUUGUGGGGCAGAUGGACCGGUUUUUAUCAUAUUGAUCGGAAACGAUAAGAUGUCAGUUCAGGAGUUUCCGGCCAAUUCUACUGUCAAUGAUUUGCUUGAAAAAACUGGUCGAGGAUUUGCUAGGUGGUCUCCAUAUGGAAUCCCGAUGAAAGAAGAACUGCGCCCAAGGUUGAACCAUGAACCCAUAACUGACCCCAACUACCAGCUGAAAAUGGGGGAUGUGGUAGAACUAACCCCCACCAUCCCCGAUAAGUCAUUGCCGGUGUACAGAGAAGAGAUUCAGCGUAUGUAUGACCGCGGUCUAUCUGUGUCGAGCAUGGCGCCUGCCACCAAUAGUAUGGCCGGGUGGAAAAGAUAAUUCCUACGUGUAACCCUUUUACUAGUACAAAUUUCACUCAACCACCAAAUAUCUGCAUAUACACCACAAGUCAUUGUAAAGUAUGUCCUUUGUCCGGCCUGGGACUCGAAUUUUAUGGAGCUGACAAUUAUAAAUUCCUUUCCAUGGAUGUAAACCUCUUGUAUAUAAAAGUUGUACAAAGCUUGUGUAGAGUAGAGGGGACUUAAAUUUGUCAUGGCAGGCUUCGAUUCAACAACUGAUUCUGCAUCAAUUUUCAAGUGAUACGUUGGAUUCAAGAUA